CUGUACAAUAGAAUUAUAGUGGAAUCCUCUCAUUUCCUUUACUGUCUUUUUUCUCUUCUUCAGGGAACCCUUCCCAUUUCAUCUGAUUGGUACUUCAACGGCCAGCCAAUCGAAGAUGAGCUCGGCCGCUAUCAGAUUGCCUUAGAGCCAUAUAAUACUACGUUGUAUUUGCCUCGGUUCUCCCUUGACGUAACCUCUGCAGAGAUUCAUCAGAGUCGUAGAAUCAUUCUCUUUCCAAUGAAGCCAAUUCACGAAUCUCUUACCGUCAAUUUUUCCCACCAAAUGCAGCGUCGCGUCGCGCUAAAAUCUGGUCUUCUACUUUUCGAUAUAUUCUCGUUUUCCCUUGUUCAGGUGGCGUCUGAUAGCCUCGGCACCUACACCUGCCUGUUGCGCAACGUGGCCGGCGAGGCGUCGACCACCGCCGAGAUCCGAUUGCGACCCAGUUUAGCCGAGCGAGUACAGGAGGUGGGCGAAGAAGGCGAGGGUCGAGGCAGGCCACUUACGCGAAGACGUCGCCGUGUCCUGCCGGCGACGACUGCGACGCAGACCAGUUCGUUGUCUCCUCCCGUUCCAUGGGACGAGUUGCUCGAGCCGACCAAAGCGCCUCGUCAUCAAUCGCGCCCUUCACAGACCCCGGCACCUCCGCCACCAGGUCCGACGAAAAGAAUACCGGUCCGUGAACUGGUUGAUCUGAUGAACGCUGAGGAGUCAAGACCACGAUUCGAUGCGCCACGAGAACCCAAAUGGGAUCGGGCUGAGGAGCUGGGACCAUCGGCCUCGCAGAUUCUCUACCCUCAGAUGCCUCUUCGGCGAGCCACUUCUAUGCCGGUGGAAGAGGCGAAUGCUUAA